UUCCACAGAAGAGUUGAGUUUGGACAGUGUGUCCUUACACCCGUGACACUAUUUUGUAUAUAAUCUGUCAUAAAUAAGAUACAUAUUUACAGCUGUAAAAAUGGUCGGGGUAAAAGUAAUCGGGAAUGAUUCAGAAUUCCAACCUGAACUAGCAGACGCCGGAUCAAGGCUUGCGGUAGUGAAGUUCACAAUGGCAGGGUGUCGACCCUGUGUCAGGAUAUCACCUGCUUUCAACAUGUUGAGUAACAAAUACCCUCAUGUCAUUUUUCUCGAAGUAGAUGUACACGUCUGUCAGGCAACGGCUGCCGCCAACAACAUCUCGGCGACGCCAACGUUUUUGUUUUUCCGUAACAAAGUGCGUGUCGACCUGUAUCAGGGUGCAGAUGCCUCAGGACUAGAGGAGAAGAUCAAGCAGCAUGUAGAAAAUGACCCUGGAAGCAACGAGGACUCAGACAUUCCCAAGGGAUAUAUGGACCUGAUGCCGUUUGUGAACAAAGCUGGCUGUGAGUGUCUAAAUGAGAGUGAUGAAAGCGGCUUUGAAAACUGCUUAGUCAAGGACACCACCUACCUGGAGUCUGACUGUGAUGAACAGCUCCUAAUUACUAUGUCCUUCAACCAGCCUGUCAAGCUGUUCUCCAUGAAGCUCCUGUCCUCUGAAUUCGCCCAGGCACCAAAGUGUGUGAAGAUCUUCAUGAACCUUCCUCGCUCCAUGGACUUUGACGAUGCUGAGCGUAGCGAGGCCACACAGACCCUGGACCUGGCCGAGGAGGACUUGAAGGACGACGGACUGAUCCCACUGAGAUACGUCAAAUUCCAGAAUGUCCAGAGCGUCACCAUGUUUGUGAAGAACAACCAAGGGGAUGAAGAGACAACGAAAAUCAAUUACCUUACUUUUAUUGGGACCCCUGUACAGGCAACGAACAUGAAUGACUUCAAACGGGUUGUGGGCAAGAAAGGAGAGAGUCACUGAUAAGGAAGAGAGGAGGAGAAGACUGCCCGUAUUGCUGCGACGAUCCCUCCCAGGACUUAGCCUCUUGUCUGUCUGCCAAAGCUGCCACUGGGAGGGUUAGGGUCUGCUCCACUUUAACACAAUACAGACCAACCAAAUGUGUGUUCCAAAUCGCACCCUAAUUCCCUUUUUAAAGUACACUAUAUAUUUUUUGGGGGGGGGCCUGAUAUCCAUCCUGAAGUCUGGCUUUGAUCCAGAGGUGUCAUCAGUCAAAAGUAGUGCAUUGUAUAGGGAGUCAUUUGGGACACACGCAUCAACCUAACGUUUAUACGAGUUUGUGCUCCUCUGUUCUGCCGGUGAAAUGACCUCGGCGAGGCAACUCGCUCAAUUCAUUUAAAAAAAACAUUAAAAAAUAAAUAAAAAUGUAAUUCAGAAAAAAACAAUGUAAAUAAACACAAUCCUUUUUCAAAGGCACAUCGGUA